AUGCUGUUCCAGAGGCAUAGUGGGGCGGUGUGUCUCGUCUGUACGCCAGUGCUUGCCCACCUCGGACUGCGUCAACAAGCAACCGUUUGUUUGUUUACCCGCAUUUGCCUCAUUCUUGACCUUUAUCGUCAUUUUUUGCGGCGAGAACUCGCCUUCAUUCAGCACUCCAUCGAAGCGCGAAACCUGCUGGUGCAUCGAGUCUCCAACAGUCAGGAUAGUCCGGCCUCGUUGCAAGUGUCCAAUUGUCUUUGGUCUCCUAGCAAGAUUUGCGAUUGGCCGAUGUGUGGGACGCCAAUCUCAUCGUUGUCGGCACUUGCUGUGUAA